GGAGGGGAGUUGAAUUAAUGAAUUAAAAAUGUUGCGAAGCAGCGUCCGUCUGAAUAGUUUUGGGUUUAUAUAGAGAGGCAUGCUGGGUGGACCCUGGAGGAGUGGACAGCGCAAGCUUCUUUAACUUGUCCCUGUGGGGACACAGAAGGCUUCACAUGCAAGGAGAGGCAGACUGUGCUCAUCCGAUUACAUAAUGAUCCAGCAACAGUGAGCCGGAACCGGUACUGCCAGUGCCAGCGUGCUGCUGCGGUACACUGACUGACCGCUGGGACUCCUCAUCCAGGCCUCUCCUCUCCUCUGACGGCUUUCAUGUUUUUCUCACUUUGGUCAUGACCUCAGCCACACCGCCUUCCUCUGAAGGCACCUCCCCUCAGAAAGUUUGCCAUUCUCAGACGCAGACUGACAUCACCAAGCCCCUGCUGACCCCCACAGAUGGAACUGGCGGUCAUGCAGGAGUGGGAGGAGCUGCAUCUGGAGGUCCAAGUGCUCUGCGAAGGCGGCGGCGUGUCCUUUCUAAAGAUGGGCGGAGCAAUGUACGCAUUGAGCAUGUAAGUGGAAGAGGGGCGCUGUACCUCCGUGACCUCUGGACGACUUUCCUGGACAUGCAAUGGCGCUACAAGUUGUUCCUCUUCUCGGCUACCUUUGCGGGGACCUGGUUCGUGUUUGGAGUACUUUGGUAUCUGGUGGCCAUGGUGCAUGGAGACCUACUAGAGUUUGACCCCCCCUCCAACCACACGCCGUGUGUAAUGGAGGUGAAGACCCUGACAGGGGCCUUCCUCUUCUCUCUGGAAUCCCAAACCACGAUUGGCUUCGGCUUCAGGUGCAUCACAGAGGAGUGUCCGUUGCUCGUCCCAAAAAGAGAGGAGAGACGGUGAAGUUCAGCCAACACGCUGUCGUGUCGAAUCACGAGGGACGGCCGUGCCUCAUGAUUCGAGUGGCCAACAUGCGUAAAAGCCUGCUGUUAGGUUGCCAGGUGACGGGGAAGUUGCUUCAGACGUCCCUGACAAAGGAGGGGGAGACGGUGCGGCUGGACCAGAGAAAUGUGCCUUUCCAGGUGGACACGUCCAGCGAAAGCCCCUUCCUCAUCAUCCCUCUCACUUUCUACCACAUCAUUGAUGACAACAGCCCCCUCAGAGCCUGGGCAGCAAAAGGUGGUGGCUGGACAGACCCAGAACUGGCUGACUUUGAGCUGUUGGUGAUCAUGAGCGCCACGGUCGAGCCAACUUCCGCCACAUGCCAGGUUCGAACAUCCUACCUUCCCGACGAGAUCCUCUGGGGCUACGAGUUCCCCCCUGUCGUCUCCCUGUCCCCGUCAGGAAAAUACGUGGCUGAUUUUGCCUUUUUUGACAAAGUGGCAAAAACCAAAACUCCACCCCUUUUCAAGCAGGGCCUGCCACCAGAUGUGCAGUCGCAGGGGUCCCGUCAACGUAAGGGCAAGGAAGACGGAACGGACUUGGAAAAGAUGAGACUGGAGGAGAGCUACAGGGGGGAGGAGAAGGGCCGCCAGAGAGGGCGUAUUCGGGACAGCAGCCCACUGAGUGUUCGAAUUAGUAAUGUGUGAAAGGGUGAAGAAGAGGUUCUGAAAGUUGAUGUGAAACCGAGAUCAGGCAAAGAUAGGAACAAAGAAGAAGCAACCACAUUCUCAUGAAGAAGCCUAAACUGCCAAUGCAUGAGUUAUUCUAAAGUACGUGGCAGGAAACUGAACACCUGGGUGUUAAGACUGCGCAUGAAAACCAGACACACUCUUUAACCACAAGGCUGUAUACCAGAACAAACAAAGAAGAUGUUUACAGCCUUUCAGAGUUCGAAUAUCAAGUUACAAACCUGACUUAUACAAAUCGACAGCAUGCUAAAAGAUUUUUGGAAAGGAUUUUCAAUGAUGUCAACAAAUUAGUGUCUACACCGUAUUUUUUUUUAGAGAAAAUUGAACGAGAUGAGCCACGAACUUCAAAGCAAGUUCAAUAUACCCUGAGCAUCUUUCCAUUGUCUACAUUCACUUACCCUAGUAAUGGCAGUCAAGUGGUCACAUGAAGCUGGUUAUCAAUUUGCUAAAUUAACCCAGGUUUCUCCUACAUAUCCAUUUGAAAGGCAACAAUAAUACAGGCUGAAUGUAACACAGCUGCUGCAGAUAAAUCAGCAGUGUCAGUGUGUGUGUGUGUGUGUGUGUGUGUGUGUGUGUGUGUGUGUGUGUGUGUGU